AUGCGACUUCAGCACGUGGCUCUCUCGAGGAUGGUGCCGCACGGAGAUGUGGUGCAAGCUGCUCUCUGCUGGCCGCCGGGUGCCCAUGAUUGUUGUGACAGCUGCGGACAAUGCCGAAUUCUGCCACCCACUCCGUUGCUUGCAGUCGCCGGUGCAUUUGGGGUCCUUCGCUGUGGAGGCAGACCGACAGGAGUGCUGCAGGAUUGUUCAUUGUGCGCUGAACUUCAAGCUAGAGGAGCUAGCGGGGACCAACGACCUGAAUCUUUACAGGUAUUUUGCCGCUCGAUACGAGGAUUUGCUUGGUCAGCCGCGCGUGGAGAGAAGUCUGGAUGA